GGCGAAAUUAUUUUCGUUCAUCAGCUUGCAAUCCAAAAUUAGGGUUCUCUUGACCUUACUUCCCAAUCGAUCUCCCAUGUCUGGUCAAGUGCCAGAAAGUCCAAAGAAACCAUUCAUGACUGUGAAGAAGGAGACUAUACGCAUCUAGAAUAGAGCAGAGCGACCAUCUUCAUGAACUCAGGUAAGUGACCAUGUUCAUUCCUGGCGUCGUCAUUGGUGUCUCCAAGAUCAUUUUUUUAGAGUUCCAACUUCAAUCCUGAUAAGAGGGGCUAAAGAAAGACUCCUUUCAUGUAAUAAAAAAGAAUGUUUGAAGUAGCAGAACUGAGAAUACAUCAUGGCGGAAAUUUCAAAAAAAAAAACCCCGAACUUUCUUACGUAAAUGGUGAAGUGGGUACUAUUAGGUUGGACCCGAAUAUGGUUUCAUUUCCUCAUCUCAUGAAGUUUAUCACUGAGAAUUCUUAUAAAAAGGUGGAAUCUUUAUCUUUCAAUUGCCUGAUGACAACUUCAAGAACUUGAGACCAUUAUGGAAUGAUGCUUCAACCUUGGAGCUAAUAGACUUGGCCAUGAAUUGGGGCAGAGUUGAUGUUUUUGUGGAUCUCAUUCCACUCUUACCUUUGCCUUCAAUUGGGGAAGUGGACAGAGAUGUGCAGGUUGAAUCAAAGGAAACAUCAGUACUUCAAGAGGAAAAUGGAGAAAUGGACAGAGAUAGAACUCCAGUGAUGCAGUGUGACAGUGAAGAUCUGGGUUGGGUAAAGAACAACUCAAAUAGGGCAGAUUUGGACAAUGAAUGUGGGGACGAUGACGAUUGCAGUGUUUAUAAUGACUCUGAUGACCCCUCUUGUUCUGUAGCCGACUCUGAAGAAGAGGACUGUGUUUCUGAGGAACAUCCCAAACGGAAGAAGACAUUGAAGAAGCCAUCCGAUCCUAAAUGUGAAUCACAGGAGCUGGAGGUCGGAAUGUUAUUUGAUGACGGGAAACAAUUUAAAAGUGCCUUGAUCAAGUAUGCAGUGAUGAAUAAAAAGGAUGUAAAAUGGAUUAAAAACGAGUCUCUUAGAGUUCAAGCAAGAUGUUCGACUAGAGUUCAAGCAGGAUGUUAGACUAGCAGUACAAUGAUAAAAUAGCAGUACAUUGCCAUAGCUAUUGUUCAUAUAAUGGCCUUUUUGUAAUAUGUAUUUGCCAUGUAUUGACUGUCGUAUGUUAACUUUAUAUGGUGCAUUUGCAAACUUGUUGUUCAACCUGUGAAGGAACCAGGGAAGGCAGGGAGAUCAAAGUUGUUGUUUGUUCAAGUUUAUUUAUAUUUUUG